AUGCGGUAUCAGGGGGGUCUCUACAGCGGUAUCAGGGGGUCUCUACAGCGGUAUCAGGGGGUCUCUACAGCGGUAUCAGGGGGUCUCUACAGCGGUAUCAGGAUGAGCAGCGCGAUAAGGAGCCGUGUAAGGAGAGGCGGAAGCAUUGGUAUCAGGGGAAGUGUGAACGGUAUCAGGAGCCGCCUGACCGCGACCUCCUUCUGGGCGGGCGGGCUGAGGACGGGCGCGAAGAAGUGGACGUGGGUGGACGGGACCUCCGUGGACCUGGAGGAACCCCACUGGUACCUCUCGCCCGUAGGACUCCCCGAGGACAUCCCGCUCUCAAGCAAGGGCGGCGAGGAGGAGGCGGGGAAGGACGCGACGGAGAGGAAGACCUUCCGCCGCCAUCCGUGCUCAACCUGGGGGAGAGGCCGCCCCCCGCCCGCGCAGGAUCGGCCAAAGGAUCCCGCCCCAAGCCCCGCGCAGGAUCCACCUCCAGACGAAGGCGCCGACGUCCCAAGAAGGAUUCUCAGACACGAAGGGCCAGGGGAUUCGGACGCUUGGAUGACGUCACACGGCUCUUUGGGCGCUGGUGACGUCACCGUGAUUGAUGACGUGUUCGGGGACGAUGACGUGGGGUCAUUUGAAGACGAAUAUUUGGAAGAGGAAGUUAAUGGAACUGAUGGCGUGUAUUAUGAUAUACCUUAUGAGUACCUGGAUGGUGACGUCACUUUAAUCGAUGACGUAGACACAUACGACGACAUUCACUGGACCGAUGACGUAGACUACGACAAUGACGUUACUCUGACCGAUGACAUGGACCAGGAUUAUGACGUCACACACACCGACGAACCAAUCAGCGCCUGGAACGAUGACGUCACAUCACCCAACGGACCAAUCAGCUCUCGAAACGAUGACGACACAUCCCCCGACGGACCAAUCAGCGCCCGGGAUCCCCCAACCGACGCCACAGCCUCCGACAGAGACCAAAGGGGCGCGGCGGUCCUUCUCUCCGGUCCGCGGGCGUCCAGCAACCACGUCAUGGCCCUGUCGCACCAGCGGGCGGCGUGCAUGUGGGCGGACCUGGGCCACUUCCUCGCCUCUUGUUCCGUGUUGCAUAAUCUCAUUGCAAUUUGCGAGUACACGCCCGAGGAAACCUGAGAGAUGCGGGCGCCAUGGUUAGUCGGGCUAGAACGACCGCCGUGCAAUAUUGGGGGAUAAACAGCCGUUCAGUUCACCUCGAAUCAGCGUCUUCGGUAAUUAGGUUAAGAUCAAUUGGGAAACCGUAUUAGCAGACUGAUAUAUACGAUCUUCGUGCGAAUAGUGGAUGCGAAUUCUUAAUGAGAGUCUUGGAAAAUUUUUGGGUUGAAGGAUCCGCCCAGAAAGACGAUAAUAAAAAAGUGUGUCCUUGUAAAAGCUAAAAAAUCUAACGAAAAAAAAGUAUAUAUAAUUUUGCCUACCAAAAAAACAAGUAAAAAUGAAUUAAAAUGAAAUACAAAUAGGCCUAUUGCAUAGCAUGAAAAUAUCUAGCAAAACAGAAAGUCAAAGAAAAAAAGUGUAUUAUGAUGUAUGGAUUGUCUAUUAAUGCUUUUAUUAAACAGCAUUGACAUGUAUUAACGUUGUUCAUAUAACUCUCACAGCGAAUAUAAUAAAUAGAAAAGAAAAGAAAAAAAGAAGAAAACUGAUAAAACAAAAACAAAAAGAAAAACACGCAUAAGAAAAGAUAUAUAGAGUAACAUUAUGAAAAAAGUUAUCUAUAUCCUAAACGAUACUCUACUGUAACCUAUUUUGUACUUCACGAACAUGUGUACAUGAGUAACAAA